AUGAAUGGCCGACCAAAAUUUUUACCAAAGUCGAGAACCGCGGACAUGUCGAGUGCAGCGGCGAGUCUGCUUGGCAGGCAACUGAAAGAAAUCCAAAAAGCGAGGGAUUUACCGGGCAUAAGCUGUGGACUUGUGAAGGAUAAUAUUUUCGAAUGGGAGGUUAUGCUUAUGAUGAGUGACGAGUGCAAAUACUAUGGUGGAGGCAACUGGCGCUGUCUUCUCUCCUUUCCCGACAACUACCCACAUGCACCUCCAGAACUAACCUUCUGCGAUCCCAUCCCUUUUCACCCAAACAUCUAUCCUAAAACUGGCAAACUCUGCAUAUCCAUCCUACACCCAUCUGGAGACGACCAAUAUGGCUACGAAGAUGCAAGCGAACGAUGGACACCAGUACAAACACCAGAAUCUAUCUUGUUGAGUGUGGUUAGUCUCAUGAAUGAUCCAAAUGAUGAUAGUCCAGCAAAUGUGGAAGCGGCAAGGUUGUGGAGAGAGGCGCAAGGAAAUCCGAAGGGCAAGGAGAUGAGAGAGUGGAAGUCAAGGUGUAGAGCUCUGGUCAGGCAGAGUUUAGGAGAAGAGUAG